UCAUAUUUACGAAUUUAUACGAAUGGUACUGGAGAGAGAAAGAAAGCCAUCCAAGCUAUCCAAGUAAAUAAUUUUGAAACUGCUUCAGAUGAUUUAUACUCAUUCCACCGAAAGAUAGCUCGAGAAAAUGGAAUCCAACUCUCUGGAUGGUCUAUAAUAAACAAAUAUAUACGUAAGAAAGAGGAUUUCACAACAAUAAGUGACCGAUUCACCAUUUCAGCUCUCUUACGAGAUUGCACUCUUAUUCUUACAUGGGAUCUAGAAACAUAUGCCUCACAAAUGGAAGAAUUUGCAGAAGUUCUUGAACAGAAAAAUAAGGUCUUUAUGAUUGGUAUGACAUUAUAUUGGAAAGAUGAUCCAAAACCAUUAAAACAAAUCUGUCUUAUUAACGUUGAAACUGCAUCAGACCCACGAUGGGUUACAAUCAUAUGA